AUGGCGAUCAGUCAGUCAGUGGUUGGCCGCAACAAUGCGGAGAAGCCUCACGGUCUCAGGGGAUUCGUGUCUAAUCCUUAUGUCUUCUUCACAUGUUUGUUUGCCUCCUUGGGUUGUAUCAUGUAUGGAUACGAUCAGGGUGUGAUGGGUCCCGUCCUUGUCAUGGAGAACUUUGAGAACCACUUCCCUACGUUCAUGGGCUCUACCAUUCAGGGUUGGUUAGUGUCUGCUCUGGAGCUCGGUGCCUGGGCCGGUGCCCUGAUCAACGGUGUCCUCGCAGAUCGCAUCUCGCGUAAGUACGCUAUGAUGACUGCCGUUUUCAUUUUCACCCUGGGUACCGGUCUGCAGGCUGGUGCACAGACGCCUGCAUACUUCUUUGCCGGCCGAAUCAUCGGUGGUGUUGGUAUUGGUAUGUUCAGUAUGGUCAUCCCACUAUACCAAGCUGAGAUUGCUCCUCCUGAGCUGCGUGGUUCGCUGGUUUCCCUCCAGCAGCUGUCCAUCACUGUGGGCACCGCGAUCGCCUUCUGGCUUGACUAUGGCAUGCAGUUUGUUGGUAGUAAUACAUGCCAACCUGAGGGUAUCAGCAACCCUUACCUGGCUGACGGCACAUACAACGCCGCUCAAAACCAUGGUCACACCUGCUUGGGCCAAAAGACCAUCGCGUGGAGACUUCCUCUGGCGCUGCAGAUUAUCCCCGCCUGGAUUCUGUUCUUCGGUCUCUUCUUCUUGCCAUUCUCCCCUCGUUGGUUGAUGAUGAAGCACCGUGACGAAGAGGCCAAGUCUGUCAUCUCUCGUCUGCGUCGUCUCCCUGAGAAUGACCCUCUGGUUCAGGCUGAGUACCUUGAGAUUAAGGCUGCUGUCAUGUUCGACGAGGAGAGUGAGCGUGAGCUCGUCGGUACCGGCGGUGCUUUAGCUCCCUGGAAGUCUCUGUUUGCUCCCAACAUGCUGAAGCGCUUGACCCUCGGUUGUGGUAUCAUGAUCUUCCAGCAGUUUACUGGUAUCAAUGCUGUACUUUACUAUGCGCCCCAAAUUUUCUCCUCGUUCGGUUUCACCUCCACGAAAACAACUCUCCUCGCCACUGGUGUGACUGGUAUUCUUCAGAUUAUCUUCACCUUCCCCUCCGUCCUUUUCCUCGACAAGUUUGGCCGCAAGACAUUCCUCAUUGUUGGAGCGGCUGGCAUGUUCCUUUGCCACAUUAUUGUCGCUAUCGUUGAGGGUAUCUACAAGCCCAAAUGGGACUUGAAUGAGGGACUGGCCCAGUCCCAAGGCUGGGUGGCUAUCGCCUUCAUCUGGCUCUUUGCAGUCAACUUUGCCUACUCUUGGGGCCCCGUCUCUUGGGUUUUGGCCCAGGAAAUCUUCCCCAACAGUCAGCGGUCUCGCGGUGUCUCCAUCGUUGCUUCCACCAACUGGAUGUUCAACUUUGUCAUUGGUCUUACCACCAAAGACAUGCUUAACUCGAUGAAGUACGGCACCUAUAUCUUCUUCGCCAUCUUCAGUGCUGGCGGUGGUCUCUUCGUUUGGAAGUAUGCCCCUGAGACCAAGGAUAAGACUCUUGAGGAACUCGAUAUCUUCUUUGGCGGCGCUAUGGAAAGCAUUGCUGAGUCUGAUCGUCUUCGUAUGCUCCGCAUCAACGAGAGCCUUGGCCUUACUGGUGUUGAGAACUUGGAGGACCUCAAGACCGAGAAGCAAAUCAACGCUGAUCACGUUGAGGUUGACUCGACUACUGCUUAA